AUUCAGUUCGUUUCUUGUGGUCGAUGCUUCUGGUAUUACUUUAAUGGUAUUAAGAUUAUGUGGUUUGAUUUACAUUAAACUGAUUUAGAAUCUGAUUAAAUAAUAUUUAUUUGAAAUAAAAACUGUUUACCAUAUUUUGUAUGUUGUGUGUUACUUUCAUUGUAUAGAUAUAAAUUAAUUUCAUCUGCUCUUUGGAGGAAAAUUAAUACUAAUAAAUAUGUAGUAUAAUUUAUACCGAUAAGUAAAUCAUUGAAUCCUAAUAAAAUGAGUUUACGAAAGAUUUUCAAUUGUUCAUAAAUUGCCACGUAACAAACAAUAUUUAUGACAGAAAGAAUCUACGCACAAGAGAUAAUUCCGUGAAGAGGUGAGUGAAGAGGAAGACAAAAUUAUUUCAUAUUUUUCGGAUACGUUUUAUUUUUGGGUUCUCGAUACGUGCUCUUAUCACUGACCGAAUUUAUAUUUAAUGUUCAUCAUUACAUAACAAGUUAGGACGAAGGUUAACCAUAGGUCAUUUUAACUGUUUUGUCGUAUACUAAGUCGAAAAUAACGAAAAAAUAUGCCAGAGAACAUUGAUUAUUCAGGGCCGCUCAUUGGGGCGAUAGAUGAAGGAACGAGUAGCGCUCGGUUCUUGGUAUUUGAUGUAUUACGCAGGAAAGUAAUAGCAUCACAUCAGGUUGAAAUUACUCAGAAAUAUCCACAGGAAGGAUGGGUGGAACAAGAUCCAAAAGAGAUUUUACAAGCUGUUAUAACUUGUAUAAAGAAGACAAUGGAAAAACUAAACAAUAUUGGUAUAAAUGCGUCAAAUAUAAAGGCAGUUGGAAUCACCAAUCAACGAGAAACUACUCUGGUGUGGGAUAAAGAAACAGGAGAACCAUUGCAUAAUGCAAUUGUUUGGCUCGAUAUGAGAACAACUACAACAUUAGAAGAUAUACUGGACAGUAUACCAAAUAAAACAAGGAAUAAAAAUUAUUUAAAACCACUCUGCGGGCUUCCAAUGUCACCAUAUUUUAGUGCUCUUAAAAUACGUUGGCUUAUUGACAACAUACCACGCGUGAAACAAGCGGUAGAUGCAGAAAAAUGUUCUUUUGGAACAGUGGAUACAUGGCUUAUUUGGAAUCUGACAAAAGGUCAAUUACAUGUGACUGAUGUUUCAAAUGCAUCCCGUACCAUGUUAAUGAACAUUGAAUCUUUGAAAUGGGAUCCCUUACUGUGCCGAUUUUUUGGGAUUCCACAACAUAUCCUCCCUGAAAUACGGUCUAGUGCUGAAGUAUAUGGAACUAUUUCAAAUCCGGAAAUCCUUUCAGGAGUACCUAUAGCAGGGUGUGUAGGUGACCAACAAGGAGCUCUACUUGGUCAGCUGUGUUUAAAACCAGGACAAGCAAAAGCUACUUAUGGAACUGGUUGUUUCUUGCUAUAUAAUACUGGAAGUGUUAAAGUAGAUUCCAAUCAAGGUCUUAUAACAACUAUUGCAUACAAACUAGGUAAAUCGUCCGCAGUUUAUGCGUUAGAAGGCUCCGUCGCUGUGGCCGGAGCAGCUUUGUCCUGGUUACGAGAUAAUAUACAACUCUUCAAUAACAUUUCACAAUGCCAAGAAAUGGCGGAAAGCGUUAAGAAUUCUGGUGAUGUCUAUUUCGUUCCUGCAUUUUCUGGCUUGUACGCACCGUAUUGGCAACAAGAUGCACGAGGGAUAAUAUGUGGUAUCACAGAAGAUACGCAAGAUUACCAUAUUGUAAGGGCGGCUUUAGAAGCUGUUUGUUUUCAGACAAGGGAUAUUUUAGAAGCCAUGGUAAAGGAUUCUGGAACAAAGUUGACAACUUUACUAGUUGAUGGUGGUAUGACUGUAAAUAAUUUACUCAUGCAGUUACAAGCUGAUAUUACUGGAAUAAAUGUUGUGAGACCCAACAUGGUGGAAACAACAGCGUUAGGAGCAGCUAUAUUAGCAGGUGUAGGUACAGGCAUUAUUGAUAUUAAUGAGGUCGAUGCAUCGCAAGUUACAAAAUUCACACCUGCGAUCGGAGAAGACGAACGAGAUUUAAGGUAUUCCAAAUGGAAACUGGCUAUAGAAAGAUCAAUGAAAUGGGAUACCUCUUCCUCUUCCUUUGAUAAAUAAUUGUAAUUAAAAUGAGUUGUAAGUACAAUGAAUAUGAAGGACUUAUUGUUAUUUGGAAUGUGUAUGUAUACAUGACUGUAAAGUAUAAUAUGCUGUAAUAUAUUUACAUACAUAUGUAAAUACGAUAGUUAACUUAUCAAUUAUACUUGAGAAAGGGUCCAACAUUAUGUAUGCAAUACACAUUUUCCCAAAUAGUAUAGUGUUAAAAUGUUAAAAUGAAAGUAGCAUGUAACGUUGUAAAAAAAAUGUUACAUAUGUUUUAUUGAUGAUAAUGUACUGUUACAAAUGUUUGUUAUUUAAUAUUAAAGAAUAUUAUCGUAUUACCACUGGUUAUUA